UGUGUGGGGCAGGCAGCUUGUCGAAAACUGGUUGCCAUGGACACCAAAACAAGGAUUCUUGCCUGCAUCAUUCCUUGGAGUGAGCACGCUUUUCGCCCCCCUCUCUCUCUCUCUCUUCCCUGUGUUUCUUUUUCUUUUCACGCUUUUCAUGCAGCAUCUCUCGCUCAUCCAGACUUUGGUGCAAACACACAAACAUGAAGUCAGUGUAUGCUGAUCUGCACACACACUUGCGCGUGCACACACACACACACACACACACACACACUGAAGCAGGGGAAUUCCCUGACAGUGCAAAAAACAACUGACCAAAAUGUAAGGAAGAGCUUUUUUUUGUGUUGACGCUGUAUUUUUUAAAUAUCUUUAACAAUGUAUGUGCGUCGAUGUGCUGCAUCUAUGGGGGUGUGUGCGUGUGGGGGGUUAAUCCAUCCAUCCAUUGGUUCAGCAGGGGGACUCUUGAUGGACGCUCCAAUGCAGCAGAGCUUAACCCUCAUCUGUGACUGCAUCAUCCCCUCACACACACACACACACACAACAGAUGUACCACUCUCAUCACCUUUCAGCACUGGUAAACGUCCCCGUCGUUACGGAGGCACAGGGUGGAUGAAGGAGAGGGAGGGGAGGAGGGAGCGGUGGGAGAGGGAGGGAGGAUGGACGAGCAUCACGAGCCUCCGUCAGAUGGCAGGAGGCUCUUUGGAGCAACAGAUGGGCAGAAGGAGAGGAGAGUGUGUCUCCAUCCCUCCAUCUCUACGACACACUUCUCUCCUCCUCACAGGUGAACAUGUGUAUCCCUCAACUUUGAGGCCUCUCUCUCCCUCCCCUCCUCUUCCUCCUCUUCCUCCUCUUCCUCCUCCUCCUCCUCCUUGCGCACGCUGCUUUGCUCCGCAGCUUUUGGCUGCCGGCUUUGCGACAGAAGAAUCGGGACUUGAGCGGCACCGCGAGGCGCGAGAGACACACGGACACGCAGCGGAGAUGGGGGGGUUGCUCCACGCCUCCUCCUCCUCCUUUAAUCACAAACACCCCCACCAGGGACCCGCGGAUACCAUCACCUCUCCGUGUGAGCGUGAGCGCGCCGCGGACCGAGUGGCCGCGCUGCUCCCCGACACCUCGCUGAUGUGAAGAUGAAGGAAGUCCGAGCCGCGCCAACAUGUGACGUCUCUUUAUUUCAUCCUCAAGGGAAGUGCAAAAGGAGUCAAGCACCAACAAAGAAGGUUUCGUAGGAGUGUGACCUUUGGAUUAAACUCAGGAUGGGACCUGUUUGGCUUCUCCUUCUGAUCCCAGCCCUGCUCAGAGCGCAGGUGACACCAGGCAUCGCACCUGGACCCUCGGUGGGCGCGGACAACAGCACCGACUUGUUGGCGAACAGCACCGCAAAGGUCUCCCCCUCUAGUACCUUCGGACCUACGUUGCCGCCUCCAGAAGCCCCCACGCAGGAGGAGGAUGACUGGUCACCGGCAGAGACCUUCCUGUACACCAGAGACGCGUCGGCUCUGGAGGCCGCCCGCUGCUCGCGGGCCUACAGCCCGCCCGGGAUGUCCGGAUCGCUGCCCGCCAGCUUCGGUGCCCCCCUGCGGCCGGCUCUGGACGCGCUGGCCAACACGGCCAACUUCCUCAACAUGAUCUUCCAGGCCAGUGACCUGCGGGAGAGCACCGUGCAGGAGGACAUGGAGUGGUACCACGCCCUGGUUCGGGCCCUCAUGGAGGCCGACCUGCUCAUACGGCGCGCCCUGCUCACCUUCGACGCCGACCCGACGUCACCGGCGCCGCAGCUGGUGCUCUGCGCCUCGCGCAACCCGACGGCCAAGGUGCAAACCAUCAUCCUCCAGGACCUGUCCAAGGCCUGGGACAGCCUGCACCCGCCCGCCCCGGCACCCGAUGACAGCUGGUUCCGAAGCCUCAAGUUCCCCGAGUCCAACCGGCCGGCGGCGGCCCUGUCCAAGCGGGUGCUUCUCAACGACCUCAGCACCUUGGACACGCCCAAGUGGAGGCAGGGCGACAGCUACGUGACCGAUCGCAGCGGGGUGCGGUGGGGCGGCAGCCCGUUCCUCGACUGCGAGGAUGGACUCUUCCUGUCCGACUGGAUGCUCACCUUGUCCACGUCGUUCUACGGCCUCAAGCCCGACCUGACGCCCGAGUUCAGAGGUGUGAUCCGCGUGGACGUCAACAUUCAGGACAUCGACUUGGACCAAUGUGCCACCGGAGACGGCUGGUUUGCAGACACUCACCAGUGCAACCGAACCACCAUGGAGUGCGUACCGAGUCCGGGUCAGGGCUUUCAACUGGGUCAGUACUGCUGCCGCUGCAAGGAGGGCUACUACGACCCGGAGACGUCCCCUCCAGACUCAGAUGGCGGCGCCGCGAACCGGAGCGACGGCGGUACGUGUUACCCGAACAUGCCCAUCUGCCUCCCGUGCUGGCCGGGCUGCGGGAGCUGCCAGGACGGCGCCCCCUGCCGGGUGCAGGAGGCCUGGCUCCUCAGGGCCGGCGUGCUGGCCGUCCAGGGCGUCUUCAUGCUCCUCAUCUUCGUCAGCAUGCUGGUGGCCUACAGGCACCGCCGCAGCCGCAGGAUCCGGGCGUCGGGCCUCCUGCUGCUGGAGAUGAUCUUGUUCGGCUCUCUGCUCCUCUACUUCCCGGUGUUCAUCAUGUACUUCAAGCCGAGUACGUUCAGGUGUAUCCUGCUGCGCUGGGUCCGAAUGCUCGGCUUCUCCAUCGUCUACGGGACGGUCACUCUGAAAAUGUACAGGGUCCUGAAGGUGUUCCUCUCACGCACGGCCCAGCGGGUGCCCUACAUGUCGGGCCUGCACCUGCUGAGGAUUCUGGGAGUGAUGCUGAUGACGGUCAGCUGGUUCCUGUGCGCGUGGACGGUCGGCGUCCUGCAGAACCGCGACAGGAACAUCCCGGUGUUCGUGGGGACCAGCACGUGGGACGGCCAGGGGUUCAACCUGUGCCACGUGGACCGCUGGGACUACAUGAUGGCUGUGGCCGAGCUUCUGUUCCUGUGCUGGGGGAGCUCCCUGUGGAGCGCCGUGAGGCCGGUUCCCUCGGCCUUCCACGAGCCUCGCUACAUGGGCAUCGCCAUCCACAACGAGCUGCUUCUGUCCUCCCUCUUUCAUCUGUUCAGGUUCACUUUUCCCUCUCUCCAUCCUGAUUGGAUGCUGCUGCUGUCCUUCACGCACACUCAUGUGACCAUCACCAUGACGCUUGCCCUGCUCUUCGUUCCCAAGUUUCUUUACGUGUCCAAGCCGGGGAGGGCGGAGAUCGCGGCGGAGGUGUACGAAGAGGAGGUGGACCUGCGGCGCUCCGGCUCGUACCUCAACAGCAGUUUCCACUCUGCGUGGAGCGAGCACACUGGAAUGGACCCGGAGGACUUUCGGGAUGAACUGAGGAAGUUAUAUGCCCAGUUAGAAGUCCACAAGACCAAAAAGAUGACCGCAAACAACCCCCAUCUGUCAAAGAAGCGAAGUUCUCGCUGUGCAUUGGGAAGAUCCAUUAUAAGACGCAUUGCUGAGAUCCCAGAAAGCAUGAGCCGGCGGUGCAGCCGCGACGACAGAGACGGGUCCUUCCACAGCAGGAUGAGUGCGAACCAAUCAGAGUCCUUCAGGAGAACCCCGGACAUUGUCAGCAUCGGUUACAAGAGUUCCAUAAAAUCCCCAUCGAUGCGCAAGUCCCAAAGCGAUCAUCACUAUGUCAGGGAAAGAGACCACCCCUUGUGUGACCCCGCGUUGAAGGAAGACUCCAUGAAGAGGUUUUCGCAAUCGGAGACGGAUUCCUUGGAUAUCCCGCCAGGAGUUUGCAAGUCAGCCAGUGCCCAAAAUCUGUCAAUCGAUACCAAUCUCCUGCACCCUGAUCACACCAGGCUCCAUAAGUCCUGGAGUCUGACCUCAGCCACCACCCAUUCGAUGGAGAACUUACCGAAGGUUAGCAGAUCCAAAACAGUGGUGUCCAGGUCCCGGCAGAGCAUUUCCAUUAGUGAGCAGACAAGGAGCGCUCUCCAGCUGGAGUCAUUUGACAAGGCCGAGGUCUGUCCUUGGGAGAUGGCUCAAGAACAAUCGGGGGACAAGAACCAGAAACAUGUCACCUACGCAAACUUCGAGGACGGCUCCGACAAAGGGCCACAAUCGCCAGAAGCGCUGGUCUGUCCCUGGGACCAUUUCCCAUCCGUAGAAAAGAACCCUUCAGAGGACAGGGGGGAGAAUGACUCCCCGAAACCACAGGUUUGUGUGUCUGCGAGCGCACCAGGCACUCCGAGACCACAGGUCACGAAGGAUCAGCGCGUCUUCUCCUUCCGCGGCACCACCACCACCACCAAGUGGCUCGCUGUGAAAGCAGUCAUGGGAUCCUUUGACAGCGGAAGCCGGUCCAGCAAGGAGGGGAGUUUAAAUGAGUUCAAGGAUUCCGUUCCACAGAAAAGUCCGGAGAGCACUUGCACAAUGCCGAGAUCGAGGAGAACGAGUCGACGUCCCAGCAAGGAAAAGAAGCCAUUGCAGAAAAGAAGCAUGACAGCGGUGGAAAAACCGUGUCUCGUGAAACAGAAUGCGGUCAGACUUUCUUCCGGGGAUUCUACCGACAGAAGCCCCAGGAGGCUUGCCGCCGUGAAGUCGGGCGUCUACCCGUGGGACCUGGACGACGCGCAAAGGGAUGCCACUUGUGAAAAUGUGUUUUUAUCGAGGCAGAACAGCAGGCGUAGCAGUAUCAGUUCUUGGGAAACCAUUAGCAGCUGCAGAACUCCUUCAACUCACCGAAGAGCAAGUAAUCGAAUCACACUGGUCCGCAGUGCUGCCAACAAAGACGUGUGUCCAUGGGAUGGAGCUGGUGCUGCCCAGGAAGGGCUCCAGAAGCAGCAGAGCAUCAAAGCCGACGUCUGCCCUUGGGAAUCUCAGGCACCUGACGUACGUCCAAGGGAUCCUCAAGAGCAAGGGGCUGGGAGCAGGCGAGGAAGUGGUCGUGUUGAGGCGUGUCCUUGGGAAUCACAGGAUAUUCCAGUUAUUUAUUAUACGAACACGUCGAGAGACUCACAAGGACCUCGGCCGUUGAAACCUCUGGCAGAUGUAUGUCCCUGGGAGACUGUGGAAAGUCCCCAACCUUCUGUGAAGCAAGAUCGUGAAUUUACUAAUGUUUGUCCCUGGGAGGCUGAGGACAAGGCUGAAGUUGUAUAUGAAAACCUAAAUCCUUUGGAGAUCAAGGGGACGCUGUCUGUGCCUCUUCGUCAAGAGGUCAUGAAACCUGCCGUCCACCUGGGGGUGUCAAAGGACAUUUUAAGUAAUAAGCCCCAUGCAAAAUACCCUAUCCUGCAUUUGGGGAAACAAAUGUCCAAGGCAGCAGAAAGUUGUCCCUGGGAUUUCCCUGAUCCCCCUAAAUUCACAGGAGACAUUUGUCCUUGGGAUGAGGAGAACAACGAGCCAACUGAUAUAGGCUCAAACACACAAAUAAACAUCAAGGUAGACAUUUGUCCCCGGGAGACUGGACAUCAAGACAAACCGGCAGGCUCACAAAAAGGUACUUCGCCUUUGAGAGAUUCUUCUCUGCAGACUAAUGGGGAAGACAGAACAAAAGAAAACAUAUGUCCCUGGGAAUCCGAUAAAACCACAGCAACCAGCAUCUUCUCAAAAGGACUGGAAAGGCCAGCAGAUGUUUGUCCAUGGGAUAGUGCUGAACCAGAAUCAGGAAAUCCACAGACUCCCAAAACACCUGAGAGUCAUUUGAGGCAAGACGCAGUUCGCGCAGAGGCAGUAAAAACAGAAAUAUCAAAAGCAAACUUACAAAGACAAGGAACGUCGAGGGAAGACGUUUGUCCUUGGAAUACAGAAGAACCAAAGGUUCUCCAAAAGCUAGACAAGACUGUGGGAGAUGUUUGUCCUUGGGAGACAGAAGAACCAAAGGUUCUCCAAAAGCUAGACAAGACUGUGGGAGAUGUUUGUCCUUGGGAGACAGAAGAACCAAAGGUUCUCCAAAAGCUAGACAAGAUUGUGGGAGAUGUUUGUCCUUGGGAGACAGAAGAACCAAAGGUUCUCCAAAAGCUAGACAAGAUUGUGGGAGAUGUUUGUCCUUGGGAGACAGAAGAACCAAAGGUUCUCCAAAGGCAAGAUAGCACACGGGGAGGUGUUUAUCUGUGGGAGUCUGAUGGUCAACAAACCUCAACCAGGAGCGUAGAUUAUAUACCCAACCUUGAGGAAGGAGAAGUCCCAGAGAACCAGGGGCCACUGUGUGUUGAAGACGGCCCAGCAGACACCAGCACAGAGCAGAUAGACGAGACCAAACAGAACCUGUGCCGGCGGGAUGCGAUGUGUCCCUGGGACAUGAGACUGAGCCAAUCGGGUUCCUUCACGGACAACGCCACGGAUGUCUUCACGUGGGAGCCCGAGAAUAUUCCCGAGGAAGAGGAGGAGGACGACGCAGAAUGUGCCGCCGAGGCGUUUGUGUUCCCGUCUGACUUGUGAUCUAAAACUCGAUGGUCGAGGGGGAGCUUUGUCUCUACGGAGUCCAGGAUCUGCUCACCGGGCUCCAAUAAGCGCUCAUCCUGGACAGAACGUUCUUAUUUCAAGUUGGACUUUGGACCAUCCGACGAUGAAGAAGAAGACUCCAUGGGCGGGACCUAACUGGCUUUGCGAACUGGAGCGACAAGAAGUCCUGUUUCAGCAGAAGCCGCCGUGCUGGACGUCCUUCACUAAACCAGACAAGGACACACGGACAGACUUUUCUUGGCUGAUGGGCGUCUUGAGGCUUUUAGAUGAAGUCCCUUUUCUUCCCGCUUCUACCCCCCUCAUUUUAAAAUGGAGAUGUUUUUGUGUGUCUUUGUGUUUAGGUGACAAUAAUCACAUUUAACAUGAACCAGUCACAAAAAACUUGAGCUAAAAACUGAUCAUAAUAACAAAAUAUGGCCCAGGGCCUAAUGGACUAAACUCAGACUAAUCAUUUUUCAAAGUAAAAGAAUGAGUUUAGUGUGAAGCACUAGAUGUCUAUUUACAUUUAUGUGUUCUAUGUAUUAAAAUAUUGAUGAAACUAUGCAUACUUGUUUGCUUAAGUGGCCAAUUUAGUGGUUAUGAUGAUGCUCUGAUUAAUAAUUCAUUCACAAUUACGUAAUAACAUUCCAGUACUUAAAGAAACGAAUGAAUACAUAAAAUCACCAUAAACUCAAGAAUUACACCCUUAAAUAAAAUGUGACAACAUACUCACAUGUUUUAAAUUAGUCAAAGAUAAAUUUACUAUUAGAAAUAAAUUAAGCUAAAUAAAUUAGCUUAGUUAAUGGACAUCAAGAGCCACUUUCAUUUCAAUGUACAACAGCGAUGACCAUAUUUGACAAAGUCUUUAAAAUCAGCAUUAGAAGAAUGAAUAACAACAUUAACAAUAUUCUCUAAGGAGAGAAUUCAUUUAAAUGUCACUGUAUUAAGUCAGGUGUCUUUUUUUUAAAUGUCAUUCUGUUCCAGACAGCAGGGGAUUUUUCUUCUUAUUCAGCGAUCGCUUUGUUUAAAACCUGCACCAGUUUUUUUUUCUCUAACGACUGACCUAGUUUUGAGUAUUGUUGCCUGUUUGUUUGUCUUUUGAUUGAGUGUCCUGUAAUUUGACGUAAAAAGGAAAAACAAUAAAUUAUUGUAACACAUCCCUUGAUUUGCAUAAAGAAACAGCCCAUGUUC